UUUACGCUCCAGAGCUGGCCGCUGCGCCAUUUGCCGUCUGGGGCGGCCUCCACCCGCCUGCCCCAGCUUUAGGCAAGGGACACUGCGGGAGAGGAAACACCUCCCCCGGGACUGGAAAAACCUGCAACGUCGACUGUUCGCGUGCCCACUUGCCCUACCGGCAGCCCCCAAGCGUCUCCAGUGCGCCAGAUCCACUCUCCAGGUUUUGGCGACAGCUCCGAGCGGAAUCGAGCUGGAAACUGACAGAACGCGCGACCCUCCCCGCAAGCCUGGGCUUCGAGUGGCCCGGGGACCCGUGGCUCGGCUGAGGCGGCGCGAUCAGGUGGCUUCUGCUUCCCGAGAGUCCCCAGCACCCCGCGCGCAGGCUUGUCGGGCUAGAUCGGCUCGUUUGGACAAGGAGAGGUGGGCGCACGAGGUUUAAUACAUGUGUCUGGGUUGCGGGCGGAGUCCCUUUGUCCUCUGACACCGGGCACUAGUACCUCGGGUCCCUUUUUGAACUGAGCGUCCCGAGCGUCUUUGUGCCGAGGGAGCCGAGCACAGCUUCUCCGAGGGAAGCCGCAUCCGUGAGGGUAACACUGGGGCGAUAACAAUGAGCGCGCAUUGUCCUUCGGGGUCCCGCUGGCCAGGCAGCUCGUGACCCCGGUCCGCGCGCCCUGUACUGGGGCGCAGGUACCCCGGCGGGUCUGGUCAACUCGCGGCCCUCGGCCUCCGCCCCGCCCCGGCCCGCCCUCCGCGCCGCCGGCCCCGCCCCGCGCCGCCCCGCCCUUCGCAGGUUCAGUCCCGGCGUUCCGCCGCUGAGAGCUCAGUCUAGCUCGCACCUUCCCAGCCGCAGGCCGCCGCUCAAGAGGGUGGAGAGCGCAGCGGCUGGGCCCGAGUUAGGGGAGAGCCGGGAGACCCCCGCCUCGGGCGCCUUCACUGUCUUGGAACGGAUAAUGCUGUGAGUAGGCGCCGUGCCAGCUGACCCGGCUGGAUCUGCGCGUGGCAAGCAGGGACUGCGUGCGCCCUCGGGAGGUAUCGGUGACGGGCGACCGGCCCUGGGGGCAGCGGCUGGGAUCCUUGGCGCUACUGGUUUCUCCAUGCUGUGGAAGGGAUUGGAUGAUGUAAACCGCUCUCCAGAAAGCCCUGCUUGGCUGUAAGUCCAGGAAGGCCUCUUAGACCUCUGUCUCUUUUCAGAGCCACAUCUGAAGCUACUUGAGAAAAAUGAUGUGACAGUUCCUAUCAAAAAGGAUAUUGGGAAACAUAUAACAUCCGCGAAGAAAGUGGCCCUUUUUCCCUUUUGUAGAAUCGACAUUCUCAAAUUCCAAAAUGCCAGCCAAGACCCCAAUUUACCUGAAAGCUGCCAAUAACAAGAAAGGAAAGAAAUUUAAACUGAGGGACAUCUUGUCUCCUGAUAUGAUCAGUCCUCCCCUUGGAGACUUCCGCCACACCAUUCACAUCGGCAAGGAGGGCCAGCAUGACGUCUUUGGAGACAUUUCCUUUCUUCAAGGGAACUAUGAGCUUCUACCUGGAAACCAGGAGAAAGCACGCAUGGGCCAGUUCCCUGGGCAUAAUGAGUUCUUCCGGGCUAACAGCACCUCCGAUUCCAUGUUCACAGAAACGCCCUCCCCGGUGCUCAAAAACGCCAUCUCCCUCCCGACCAUUGGAGGGUCCCAAGCACUCAUGUUACCAUUAUUGUCACCGGUGACAUUCAAUUCCAAACAGGAGUCCUUUGGGCCGGGAAAGCUGCCCCGGCUUAGCUGUGAGCCAGUCAUGGAGGAGAAGGCCCCAGAGAAAAGCAGCCUGUUGGAGAAUGGGACAGUCCACCAGGGGGAUGUCUCGUGGGGCUCCAGCGGGUCCGCAUCCCAGUCCAGCCAGGGCAGGGACAGCCACUCUUCCAGCCUCUCUGAACAGUACCCCGACUGGGCGGCAGAGGACAUGUUUGACCAUCCCGCCCCAUGUGAGCUCGUCAAGGAAAAGAGUAAAUCAGAGGAGUCCCUCUCUGAUCUCACAGGUUCCCUCCUCUCCCUGCAGCUCGAUCUUGGGCCCUCAUUUCUCGAUGAGGUGCUGAAUGUCAUGGAUAAAAAUAAGUAACCAGGACACCGCCGGCUCUUUUCCUUUGGGGUAAAAGGUAUCCAAACAAAACAAAACUAACCACAGUCAAAGAGAAGAGUUUCCCUGGCUCUGUUUGCCAUCGUGUGAUGGGUUUUCUAAAAUAACUUUCCUACAAAAUAUUUUUUUACCUGUUAUGCCCUGUUUUGCAAAAACAGUUAAAAAGAAAAAGAAAGAAACCUGUCCUGGCAAAGAGAGGAAGUGAGUCAGACCAAUUUUCGGCGGCAUUGCUGGUGUACAGCUCACAUUUUUUGUUUCCAGACCAUAAGAAAUCUGGCUUGGCCAAGAUUGGCAGUGCUUAGCUGCGAAGGGCUGUGCCAGUCACAUUAAGGACCUUUACAGUACUCUGGCAUUUCAGCAUAUUCUGAGCAAGAGGAAGUCAAAAUUUAUUUAACACCUAAGCCUUUUUUCUAGACUCUUUUCUAUAUUAUGUUGUUUGGGCUCACCAUGGCAAAUCUUCAGUGUUAAAAACUUCUCUGUUUUCACAUUUGAACAACUUUAUGGGUUUUGGGGAUUUUCUUGUAGCUCUUAUAUAUCCCUAUAUAUUAUAUCUAUAUUGCGAAUUUUUGACUGUCAGCUACAUGUUGGUAAGACACAAGCAAAGUAUUACUGUAACUAAGUUAUUUUUAAAGUUAAAAUAUAUUUUUAUGUGCCUUUGGCUUUUUAUUGCAGAGUCUACAUUUUAUAGAUACUACAUCAAAUGUGGUCAUUUGACUUUUUCCAUUGGGGUUCCAUUGUAAGCUGUGUAUGCUUAGAAAAGUGUAUUCAUACUUAGCUUUUUUUUUUUUUCCUUCAUCUGUUACCAUACUUUUCACAGCAGCCAACAACGGAUUGUAAAGUGUAAAGGCACAGGUUACUCACAAUGCUUCUGCAGAGACUGUGGGCUACACCACAUAAUGUUACUUGGAAAUAUGGGUAUUUUAGUACAGUGCAUACUUGCAUUACAUAGGUACUUCAUACAACACAAUAAAGAGUAAAUGUUAAAAUCAA